AUGCCGAUCGACUUGAUCGAAGAAUAUGGCUAUGAGGGCGUUACCUUGUACGCAACAUUUCUAGAGGGAGAUGUAGCUGGCAAGUUCAUCUCGGAUGUGGCUCUGAAUGAGAACAAGUCUGUGCGGUUGAAAAACAACAGUGGAAAUUACCGAAAAUGGUUGCACGGCCAAUCCUUCCGGAAGUCAAAUUGA